UCUCGCGCGCGUGACGUAAGAAGACGACGGAACUGUCACUAUCGCGUCGCGAAGAGGCGGAGGCGAGGAAAGAGAGAAAAGAGGAAAGGAAGGAGAGAGAAGACGACGUAUAUCGGGAAAUCGGGAGACGGAAUAACGUUGCGCUUCCGAAAAGGUGUCACGUGUAACGACAAAUGGAGCACACGGAAUGAGGAGUCUGCGGCAUCGAUUGCGAGGCAGUAAGAAGACAUGGAUGCCGCAGUUAUAGAAGUUUUACGAAGGGCGGUCAGCCAAGACCCUGAUGUCCUAAAAUCUGCAGAACAGACGUUGAAGCAAUGGGAGACUCAGCAAGGAUUUUAUAUAGCGUUAUAUAAUGUUCUUUCAAAUCAUUCCUUGGCUGUUGAAGUCAGAUGGAUGGCUACUGUGUAUCUAAAAAUUGGAGUCGAAAGAUACUGGAGGAAAAAUGCACCAAACUCAAUUGGGGAUAAUGAGAAGGAAUUUUUACGACAGCAUCUGCUAAGAAAUUUUGAAGAACCUGUAAAUCCAUUAGCCAUACAAUUAGCAGUUCUUAUUUCUAAGAUAGCAAGGUAUGAUUGUCCUAGAGAAUGGAGCACAUUAGUACCAACAUUGUUGGAAAUUAUAAGGCGAGAAAACUCUCUGGCACAACGUCAAGCGUUGUUAACGCUGCAUUAUGUUGUUAAGGCUUUGGCGUCUAAACGUUUGGCCGAAGGUCAGAGGCUCUUCCGAGAAUUGACUGCGACUAUGUUCAAUUUUAUUUUAAACUUAUGGAAUACCUACACCGAAUCCUUUCUGAUUAUGGCGUCAAACGGGGCCGACGUCAAUCAGAUACAAGAAGCCUUAGAAAAGGCACUCCUACUAUUAAGAAUACUUAGGCAGCUGAUUGUAAAUGGAUUUUCAAAUUUAUCUGAGUCUCAAGAUGCCAUGUUAUUUUUAAAAGUCGUUUUCGAGCGUGCAAGGACCUGUCUCGAGUGCCGAAAAACGUUAGCUGCUAGAGGUGUACAGAUGGAUGCGUGUGACAAAUUUAUAAUACAUUUGACCAAAGUUUUAAUAGGAGUGUUAGAGAUGCACCCAUUUUGCUACGUGGAACUCAUACCGACUUCCUUAGAGUUUUCCGUUUUUUAUUGCUUUACGGAAGCCGGUCAGGCAUUAACAUUCGAGAAAUUUAUUAUUCAAUGCCUGAAUUUAAUGAAAAGUAUUUUAUUAUCGACAUAUUAUAGAUCAGCUAAAGUUAGCGAAGAGACGAAAGAUCCAUUGGUAUUGAGGGCAUGCCAAUUGAAACAAGAAUUUUUCACACCAGAAAUAUUAACAGAAAUUUGCUCUAGGCUUGUCACGCAUUAUUUUCUUUUGACACCUACGGAUCUUGAAAUGUGGGAUACUCAACCAGAAAGUUUCGCUGUUGAUGAUGGUGGAGAAUCAUGGAAAUACAGUUUGAGGCCUUGCACAGAAUCCCUAUUUUUGGCAAUAUUCCAUCAGUUUAGAGACGUUCUUGCCUCAGUUUUGGUCGACCUGAUGAAGCAACAUCAUCAACCUGUAGAUCCUAACAAUUUGCAUGCGAUUUUAGUAAAAGAUGCAGUUUACCGCGCAGUCGGUUUAGCUGCCUUCGAUUUAUAUGACGAGGUAAAUUUUGAUCAGUGGUUUUCGACGACUCUAAAGGAGGAAUUAAAAGUUCGGAAUAAUAAUUAUUAUAGAAUUAUCAGAAGACGUGUGUGUUGGUUAAUCGGCCAAUGGACGAAUAUUAAAUUGAGCACGGAGUUGAGACCCGAGUUAUACAAGAUCAUGAUAGAAGCAUUGAACCCUGAAGAGGACUUGGGAGUUCGUUUAGCAGCGAGUAAUGCUUUGAAACAGGCGAUCGAUGAUUUUCAAUUCAAUCCGGAAGAGUUUUCUCACUUCUUGGAGCCAAUAUUUUCCUUAUUAUUUGCGCUUCUUAAGGAAGUGAACGAGUGUGAUACAAAGAUGCAUGUGCUAUAUGUAUUAUCGUUUAUUGUCGAGCGUGUUGGCAGUGGAAUUAAGCCUCAUGUUGGUGCACUUAGUUUGUACCUACCUGAACUUUGGCAACAAUCUGAAGUAUAUAAUAUGUUGCGUUGCGCCAUAGUUUCCACUCUGAUACAAUUGGAGAAGGCGCUAGGUCCCGAGAGUGUUAUUUUAGAACCACUGGUGGUAGCUGUUGUAGCUUUGAGUUGCGACGUUACUCAAGAAGGACAUGUUUAUUUAUUAGAGGAUGGAUUGGAAUUGUGGCUUGCCUUGUUGGAAAAUGCACCCGCGCCGACCCCAGCUAUAAUGGAUCUGUUCGCAAAUAUGCCAGCAUUAUUGGAUAAAUCUACAGAAAAUCUACGUCUCUGUUUGUACAUAAUUCAAGCGUACGUAUUGUUAAACCCGCAAGACUUCUUCACUUAUAGAGGCUCAAUGGUCAUCGAACCUCUAAGAACACUUCUGAGCGAUUUACGGACGGAGGGUAGAGUGAUGGCGCUGAGAUUAUUCGAGUUGUGUCUCAGAGCUUCCCCUCAACAGGGUGCAGAACUGAUCAAACCCAUUUUAUUAAAGAUAUUUGAAAGUCUUUAUAAUGGUGAAGAGUAUCCUAUGAUCAUGACUAUGAAUCUAUCUAUUGUUGCAAGAGUUUUAUUAGGUUCUCGCGAUAUUUUUGUACAGGUGAUAAGCGAUCUCGCGCAGAAUUUAGGAAACGAAACGAGAGAGGAGAUCGUGCUCGGAAGAAUAAUAUACAGAUGGAUCAAUGGAAUGCCGUUGGUAUCUCAGAGUGAAAAGCGAAAAUUAUUAGCCCUCGCUCUCUGCUUUCUCCUUGGAGCCAACAGUCCACCCACGGUUCUUGAAUAUUUUUCGUACAUAAUAUCGAAUAUCGUCGAGACGCUUAACGACAUCACAAAGUUUGACGAUAUGGGCUAUCCUUUCGAUUCUUUGAUGAACACUGAUCAGCCCAGUCCAUCGCAGUACGAGGACGUGGAUUACGAAACCGAGCAUGCUCAACGACAAAAGAGACUCGCCUUCAGCGAUCCUGUGCACAGUAUAUCCUUGAAAGAUACGCUCCAAAGUCAGUUGAUCACGCUACGAAAUAUAGUUGGGGAUAAUCAAUUUGAUCAAUUGAUGCUUACCCUCAAUUCCGAGAUCGACGAACAACUCAAGGACUACAUAUCGCUGUGAGGAAGGCGCAAGAUCAAAACGCAAUACAAUAGAGGAUUUCGACUAUAUAAGGUAUGAGAAAGAAAGCUUUACAGCGCUCUUUUGUGAAACGGCACUAUUUUAUUGUAUGAUACUAUCAUCUGUUUCAUUGUAUUAAUAAUGUUGAUAAUAAAAGAUCCUACUCUCUCUCU